AUGGGGCAAGUUAAUGGGGGCAGCAGAAUAAUUGAAGGCUUGAAGCUAUUACCUAAUGGAAAAUUCCCCAAAUCAAAAAACAAAAUUUGCCCUAAUCCCCAAAUCAAGAAACCCCAAGUCUACCCCAAUUCAUCAAUUGACAGCCUUCUCGAACUCCUCAAACUCUUCACCAAUUUUGCAUCACGAAACCUUACCAAGAACUCAGCCAUCGCCUCCAAGAACAACGCCGCCUGGUUCACGGUGUUGGCAUUCACGACGUCGGCCAAGACGCUCCUCCUCAGCCUGUUCGCGUUCACCACCACUCCCACCAGCUCAUCCAUCUCCUCCGCCACCGCCUCCCCUACCAUCCUCCAACUAGGGUUCGCGAUUUCUCGCCGUCAACGAGAAACGAGUUUGCGCCCGGCGGUGGAGGCUUCGGGUGGAACAACUUGCUGGAUUUGA